GUGGAAGAUGGCGUGGGUGCUGAAGAUGGACGAAGUGAUCGAGUCCGGGCUUGCGCACGACUUCGACGCCAGCCUCUCCGGCAUCGGGCAAGAGCUGGGCGCCGGCGCUUAUAGCAUGAGUGAUGUUCUGGCACUGCCCAUUUUCAAGCAAGAAGACUCUAGCCUUCCACCUGAUAGUGACACAAAACAUCCACCAUUUCAAUAUGUUAUGUGUACUGCAACGUCUCCAGCAGUCAAACUGCAUGAUGAAACCCUUACUUACUUAAAUCAAGGUCAGUCCUAUGAAAUCCGGCUGUUAGAUAAUAGGAAAAUUGGGGAUAUGCCAGAGAUCAAUGGAAAAAUGGUGAAGAGUAUUAUAAGAGUUGUGUUCCACGACAGAAGGCUGCAGUACACUGAGCAUCAGCAACUGGAAGGUUGGAAGUGGAAUCGCCCUGGAGACAGAUUACUUGAUUUAGAUAUUCCUAUGUCAGUUGGAGUAAUCGAUAUAAAGACCAAUCCAAGCCAGCUUAAUGCAGUUGAAUUUCUGUGGGAUCCUGGAAAACGAACAUCUGCCUUUAUUCAGGUACAUUGUAUCAGCACUGAAUUUACACCUCGUAAACAUGGAGGUGAAAAAGGAGUUCCUUUUAGGAUUCAGGUUGACACUUUUAAACAGGCAGAACCUGGAGAAUACACUGAUCACCUGCAUUCUGCCAGCUGUCAAAUCAAAGUUUUCAAGCCAAAAGGGGCAGAUAGAAAGCAGAAAACGGACAGAGAAAAAAUGGAGAAACGAACUGCCCAUGAAAAAGAAAAAUAUCAACCUUCGUAUGACACUACAAUUCUCACGGAGAUGAGGCUUGAGCCUAUAAUUGAAGAUGCAGUUGAACAUGAGCAGAAAAAGUCCAGCAAGCGGACUUUGCCAGCAGACUACGGUGAUUCUCUGGCAAAGCGAGGCAGUUGUUCACCAUGGCCUGAUACACCCACUGCAUUUGUGAACAGUAGUCCUACCCCAACUCCGGCUUUUGCCUCUACUCCACAUAAUACUUACAGUGUCCCAGACAGCAAUUCAUCAUCUCCAAAUCACCAAGGAGAUGGAAUUCCCCAAGUAUCUGGAGAGCAACUUCAUCCAUCAGCCACAAUCCAGGAAACCCAACAAUGGUUGCUUAAACAUAGAUUUUCCACUUACAGCAGGAUGUUCUCAAAUUUCUCAGGUGCUGAUUUAUUGAAGCUUACGAGAGAAGAUCUGGUACAAAUCUGUGGUCCAGCUGAUGGAAUUCGGCUGUACAAUGCACUUAAAUCAAGGUCUGUUAGGCCACGUCUAACAAUCUAUGUAUGCCAAGAGCAAUCAAGAAGCCUACAACUGGAAAGGCAGCAAGACUCAGGCAGUGGAGAGAGCAGGAAUGGUGCAAUAUAUGUUUAUCAUGCAAUCUACUUGGAAGAAAUGGCUGCCUCAGAAGUCACACGCAAACUUGCUUUGGUAUUCAAUAUUCCUUUGCAUCAGAUCAACCAGGUUUACAGACAGGGUCCUACUGGCAUCCAUAUCCUUGUCAGUGACCAGAUGGUUCAAAAUUUUGAAGAUGAAAGCUGCUUCUUAGUUACCACAAUAAAAGCUGAAAAUGGCGAAGGUUUCCAUAUAAUUUUGAAGUGAUGUUGCCAUACAUAUGGAUGGACUGAUAUUCCAGUAUAGAAUGAAGUCAUGCUCAAGAAUGGCAUAUAACAUUGUCUCUUCAGGGAUUUGACUUCACCAUAUAGGAUGUUUCAUAUUGAAAACACAAGUUGACAUUUCUAAUGAGCUGUUUAGAUGAACUUACCACUGCCGUAGCCAAAUGUCCUCAUAAGAGGUAUAAAUGCCGUUAACAGCUUAUGUACAGGCAUGGAGGAAACAAAGGAAACAAAAGGUGUUUGCCCUUUUUAAAAAAUAAGGCAAGCUCUGGCCAGUAGAUGCAGUUUCUAGAAGCAUCACUGCUUUCCUAUUACACUGUAUCCAGUUUGAAUGUAAACUUAUUCUGGGCAUUUACCUUUCUGUGCCAGUUUGUCUAUUACUCGCUUGUACCUUUAUGCUGAUUUUAUUUUUUUUGAUGUUAGCAGAGCACAUAGUAAUUUGUGUGGAAAUAAGUAGUAAAGAUGAUAGCAAUCAGGUUUGGGGUCUUGAGAGUAAAGCUGUCAAAACAGCAUCCUCUGUGUAAAUUGUGUAUAAGCGUGAAUGUAAGAAGUGUAAAUGUCAGAGUUGGACUUACUAAAAGUCCUAACCAGGUGAAAAUUAAGCAUGCAGCAACCAUAAUUAAUGGUAAUUGAGCAUUAUGUUUAGUACCUAUUUGAGAGGAUUAAAACAAAUCCUGUGAAGGUACAAUAGUUUGCUUUGUAAUAGGUUCAUUACAGAGAAUCUGCCUAUGCAUUGUCUUUUUUUUUUUUUAGUUUUUCUAUAAAGCACUGUUCAUUGUUUGCUUUUCAAACCAUACUGUUAAUAGUAGUGAGUUGGGAUUUCCUCAUGGAGAAAAAUGGAAUGUCACUGUCAUCAAGGGACUGUUUUUUGGCAGGAGUGAACAACACAAACUUUCAAAUUACUUUUUUCUCUCUAGUUGAAGACCAGUAUCUUCCCUUAAAUCACUCCCAUGUGUGAACUGUUACUUCCUUGUUUCUCUGAGUCUUGUGGAAAGACCAUAGUUACAGUGCCUCUUCCAUAAAACCAAAUACUUGAUUAGCAGUUGCACAUCUUAAUGAACUGCAGAAAUGUCCUUAAUUACCUGAAGAUUGGAGAUAGCUAUCCAAGGACAGGUGCACGUCUGUUACAGAUUAUGUAUUAAAUAUAGGUUUGUGGCAGAUUCAGACAAAGAACGCAAGGUGGUCUGCCGUCACGGUGUGUGGACUUGGCCUUUUAUCAGAUAGCUAAAAUCUUAAAUAAUGUAGUGAAUAUUUGAUGGGGGGGAAGAGCAGCAUGUCAACUACUGUUUUAAUUUCAUUCCCAUUUUAAUUAUGCAUAGGCUAAGUCUUUAUUUUAAUAAAGUUGUUUCAUUCCGAGUUAGGAUGAGGGCUUCCUUCCCACAUCCCUGCAUGACCGAGACUAUUCUGCACUGAUGGGAAGGGAGAGCGAAGUUUCUGAGCAUACUUAACUGUAUUUUUCUUGCCUAUAAAUUAUUUUUAGUUUAGUUAUAUUUGGGUGUCUUCAAUUGACUUGAUGCGUCAUCACAUUUUUCUGAUCUGUGGAGAAUCUUUGAUUGAAAAAGUCACUAAAUUAUAAAAGCUGUACAGUAGUUUGGUCCACUUGGAUUAAUUAUGGCACCAGCAAAUUGCUUUUUGUUUUUAAAUAAGAUGUAUACAUUUCAAUUUCAGUAAAAACAUUUUCCAAUAA